AUGAAGAUUUGUGUCUUUUACCAUCCAGAAGUUUCUUACAUGUUCAUGGAAGAUUCAUCAAAGCAGAUUAAAAUACAGCAAUAUGAGAUAAUUGCUUUAGAGGUGAACAACUGCAAAAAUGUUGGAUUAAAAACCCUCAUGAAAAAUUGGUUAUCGCUUCGUCUUGAUCAAAAAUCUGUGAUAAAUUUAGGUUGGCUUGGUAUUGGCGAAGAAGAUGAUGAUCUUACUAAUAAUAAUUUAUAUUUUGACAUCAUGCUUCCAUUAAAUAUGAUUUUAAGGUUUGCUGAAGACUAUCGUACGAUAGUUGUUACUGUAAAGUAUGAGGUUAUACUUACAAGAGCAAAAAUUAAUAUAAGUGUCCUGUUGCAAGCUCCAGUUAAUGCCAAUGCUGCUGAUCUCGUGGCCGUAGAAACUUGGAAAGACUUUGAUAUAUUAAUAUUAACAGCUGCAGUAUUUAUCAAGGAGGACAAGUUUUUGUCUCUUAUUAAUAUUCUUAAUAGUAAUUCACCACAGAAAAUCAAGGAAUAUCAGGAACAUGGUACUUGGCUGUACAAAAGAUAUUUUUCGUCAACAAAAAUUAUAACUGAAACAGUUCUAGAAAUUAUGUCGGAUAGAAUUUUUCCAUAUUCAUCAAAAAGUUACAAUUAUUGGAAUGAGCAAAACUUUAAGGAAAUCGUGUCUCCAGUACUCAUUCCGUUAACUAUUUCAAGAACAGAAGGAUUUACAGCUGUUAUUCUUACUUAUGAUAGAUUAGAUUUACUAUUUUUACUUAUUAACAAACUGUCAAGAGUAAAAAGUCUUACAAAAAUUGUUGUUAUUUGGAACAAUAAAUACAAAAGUCCUCCAAGAAUUUCAAGGUGGCCUAAAACUCAUAAGACAGUGAAAGUUAUUUUAACGGAUGAAAAUUUGUUAUCCAAUCGUUUUUAUCCUUUUGAUGACAUAGAAACUGAAGCAAUUUUUGCAAUAGAUGAUGAUAUUAUCAUGUUAACUGAAGAUGAAAUCGAAUUUGCGUUCGAGGUCAUCGAAUGCCUUGAAAAAAUAGGCGUUCUGAACGGCAACGUCUCCGGCGUAAUACCAGGACACGUCCGGCCAGAGUACAACCCGCUCCAACACUUCAGGGUUUAG